AGCUGGAAGCAGAGAAGCACAGAGAUUGACAAGGAUGGCUCCAGGCGGCAUCUACACCAAGUGUGAAGAACCUGACACAGAUGUGGUCAAAGACAACAUGUUUGACAAGACAUCAAGGAGAACAGGUGGUUUCCUGUUGCAGCAGAGCAGAUGUUGUUCGCAAGGAACAUCUAUAUCAGUCCUUUAUAUUGCAAAUGCUGUGUUGUUUCUGCUGUGGAUUAUAACCAUCAUCAUUAUAUCUGGAAAAUACUCCAGGAUGACCAAGGAACUAGAACGGCUGCAUAGCGAACAAACUCUGCUGAGUGGAAAUGACACCUAUAUGGUAAAGCAACUAGAGGUACUUCAUUCUAAUCAAUCCACCUAUGCAACAGAGUUGAAUAACAGUCUGCAGAGAUUAGAAGAUAAUCAGAAUAAACUAAAACAGGAUGUGACAAAAUUGCAGAAAGAUUUAACUACAGAGAAAAAAAAGAUUUGGGAUGAGACGUUUAAACUACAGAAUGCUCUUCAAAAACUAAAUGCCUCAGCCUGCAAGAUGUGUCCAGAGGGCUGGCUACUGAACAAAGGAAAAUGCUACUAUUUUCAUGAACAGGAGAUACACUGGUCUUUAGCUAAGAAUUUCUGUGAGAAUCAAGGUAGCCACUUGGUUGUCAUCAAUGAUGCAGAUGAGCAGAUGUUUCUCCAGUCAAAGAAAAAACGCUAUUCAUAUUGGAUUGGUCUCCACGAUAUGAAAAAUGAAAAUACCUUUGUCUGGGUGGAUGACAGCCCUCUAUCAUAUACCCACUGGUUUGCAGGGGAGCCAAAUAAUUAUGGCCAUGGUGAGGACUGUGUCACGAUGACAGAAAGAGGCUGGUGGAAUGAUUAUGCAUGUGGAAGCGAAGUGACAGGCACUAUUUGUGAAAAGCCAUGGAAUUGCCAGUAGUGACCAGCAGGAGCAGAAUCCAAAAUUCAGGGGCUUGCUCUUCCUGACUCCAUCAUUCUUCUAAGACCUUUGCUUAAAGAUCUUCUAGCAGUACAAACUCUGACACCUUAUGGGCAGUAGCUACAGCAAAUAAUUUCUACAUAUGAGACCAUAGUAUUCACAUUUAAUUUGGUGUACACUUGUAGUGCACCAUAUCUGAUUUUCAAAAUUUACAAAUAAAGAGUUAUUUGACCUCUAAGACUGAAAUCCCAACAGAGAAACAGUAAGCAGACCUACUCAAAAGUAAGUCCCAUUUAUUCAAAUAAUUCAAAAUGCUGAUGGUUGAAAAAGGCAAGUAAUCUUUUUUCAGAAAUAUAUAGCAUUUUGCUCAAAUAGAACGUGAGCCAAGGAAUAACAACAUUCAAUUUAUAUACUGCACUUUAGGACUUAUAUACUGCAACUUAACACCCACUCAGAGUGGUUUACAAAGUAUGCUCACAACAAUCACCCUGUAAGGUGGGUAGAGCUGAGAGAGGUUUGAAAGAGCUGUGACUGACCCAAGGUCACCCAGCUGGCUUCCAGCAGAGGAGCAGGGAAUCAAACACGGCUCUCUAGAUUACAGUCCUGCCACUCUGAGGCUGAUGGUAUGAUUACUGAUUGUUCAACUUUUUUAGUUAGUCUUCCAUUUUGAAAGAAUAUAAUGAAAAUGGUCCAUCAAUAGCAUCUUUCAUCAUGGAAACUAACCAGAAUUUAUAACUAUUUGGAGGAGAACUUUUGGUUUUGUGGUGCACGUAGAACAAUUUUUUUCACAUAUGGUAGUUAUCUGAGCAAACCUAGAAGUUAUAGUAAAUAGUUUCAUUAGUUUUAUCAGAAGUUCUCAGAGUUAACUACUAUGUACAUUAUACUCCAGAGUUGAUAUUAUUCAUUUAUGCUGUAAGAAUCCAAAGAAGAAAAUAGGUUUUUACUCUUAGUAUACAUACUAUCACUUGAUUAACAUUUGCUAAAAAUGGGAAACAAGAAAUUUUUCAUGGUAAAGGAGGAUUUGGUAAACAGCCAUACAUAGAGAAAAUAAUAUGAAGAGAUUAGACAAAAUAUGGUGUUAAGGGCUUCAAUGUAGCUUCUACAGUAGAGGCGUUAUUGGUUUAAUUCACUGUAAUAUACAUUAGUAGAUUUUUUGGUAUAGGUUUACUUUGUAAUAAAAUCUUUGGUAUUUAGUAUUUA